CUGCUAUUGGACAGCAGUACAAAUAGAAGACGUAACUAAUGCAUAACGUUCCUUUUUUUCAGUCGGUACCAUGCAUUGGCUCGUUGGAACUGCUCAGUACCAGGCAAUACUACCGAUAUGACACGAUCGAUCCUUUGCGUUGUCUAGGUCUGGUCAGCAAUUAGUCUCGGGCGGAUGAUACUUGAUUUCGGAAUCGGGAUGCGACACCUCACCGAACUUCGAUCAUCAUCAAUCUUUUACAUCAACCAGAGCGCUUUAUUCCCAGUUCAAGGAUUUGACGUUUAGUUCGAUAUCAACAUUUACAAUGGCAACUUUUGACGCUCUCGAGGUUCAAGAUCCGCGAAUUAACAGUCCGCCCGAGGUGCCUAAGUUAGCAACAGCUCUUCGUUUUGGAAUUCUUGGUGCUGCAAAGAUUGCGCCGAAUGCUUUGAUCAACCCGUCAGCAGAUCAUCCAGACAUAGUGAUUCAGACUGUGGCCACACGGAACGUUGAGGCUGGUAAAGCUUAUGCGCAAAAGUACAAGAUACCGGAAGUGGUCGGAUCCUACCAAGACCUACUGGAUAACCCAAAAAUCGACUGCGUGUAUAUUCCCUUACCUAAUGGACUUCACUUCGAGUGGGCUCUACGCGCUCUCAAAGCUGGCAAGCAUGUACUUCUAGAGAAGCCGACAACGAACAAUGCCACCGAAGCCGAGGCGCUCUUUAACAAUCCGGUUCUCGCCGGUCCCACAGCGCCGGUUCUUCUCGAAGCAUCUCAUCCGUAUUUUCAUCCGGCCUGGAUCAAAUUCAUGUCGUACAUCAAACCGAGUGAGGUUGCUAGUGCCAAGUCACAGCUAUAUCUUCCCUCAUGGGUUACAAUUGCCAAAGACGAUAUCCGCUUCCGAUACGAGCUUGGCGGCGGCGCGUUAUUAGAUCUUGGCGCAUACACCGCGAGUGCCCUUGUGCAUAUCUUUGGUGGCUUACCGGAGAAGUGUGAGGAGUGUACUCCGGUGCUCUCGGAUGUUGACUCGCGAUGCGACCGUGGGUAUAAGGCGCGCUAUCGAUUUCCGGGCGGCAGCCUUGGCGAGAUGGAGGGGGAUCUCAAGCCUGAAGGAGAGGAUCAGAAUAAAGCAGUCGAGAUUGAUGUGGUGCUCAAGCCAGCCGUAGUAUCGGGCGCAGAGGCCAACAUUGAGGUGGCCGAAGGUCAAGAAGUCGUGCGCACGCGGAAGCUGAAGUUACACAACUUUGUUCUGCCCGUAAUUCAUCACACCAUCCAUAUCGACGAUGAGUUCACGCUACGGAAGAUUGGUGACUCGGCCGGACAUAUUAAAAAGUGGACGAAGAGCGAGCAAGUGCAUGCUUUUACAUUCCAGGAGAUUGGCGUCGAUCAGCCCGGUGAGGUAUACUGGGCUACUUAUCGACACCAACUAGAACAGUUCGUCAACAAGGUUCGCGGGCGAGAGGUGAAGCAAUGGGUGAGCGGCGAGGAAUCGAUCAAUUGUAUGAAGAUGAUUGACAUGGCAUACACGGCUGCAAAGCUACCUCUGAGGCCUACAAGCGAGUAUUUGUCGGUGAAAGAUGGCGCGUAGAUGUAGAAGCUAGAUUUAGAAAAUUA